AUGGAUAAGGGGUCCGAGCGGCGCAAAUACUUUAAAACUCCUCCAGUCGACUCGAGACAAUCUCAAGAGGCGAGGCGUACUCAGGCUCUUGAAGAACAAAAGCGAAGACGAGCGCAACAACUUGAUGCAUCCCGCCAAUUGGAUCAGUUUUCAGGCCUCAAUCUAGAUGACUCCGAUGACGACGUUGAAGACGAUGGUGAUACCUUCGACAACCCGAGCAAGUUACUGGGCGGAAUUGGGCAGUUUGCAACUUUGCUGCAGCCCAAUGAUGCGGAGCCUCCCCCAGACUCGCGUUCUCCGUCGCCUCUCAUAGGACAUGAGGAAGGCAAUGAAAAGACCAAAAGGAAAGGGAAGAGAAAGGGCAAAGGGAAGGGGAAGGGCAAGAAAAUUCCAAGCAAAUGGGCGAAUAAGUGCAUGUAUGCAGAGCUUCUCGAGAUGCGAGAAGAUGCUUUUUGGACUGAAUCAUUCGGCAUCGGUGGUGCGCCCCCGCGUGAUGGUCUACCAGACGAUCUAGAGACUGCUUGGGUAGGCCUCGCUCCGGUACCAGUCGGCAAGCGCUGUUUUGCCGUCACGAUGCAAGGCCCUGGAGUAAGUGGUGUUGUUCCAAAUACGAUUCUACGAUCUCGACUACUUGGCAAAGUCAUUAUUCGACCAUUCCCCUCUCCUUUACCAUCCAAUACAAUACUCGAUUGUAUCCUAGAUGAAAAUUGGAGGUCGAAUGGCAUGCUUCAUGUUCUAGACGUGAUCCGGUGGAAGAGCCAAGACGUAGCAGGCUGUGAAGCGAAUUUCCGGUUCUGGUGGCGAGACACUCGCCUCGCCGAAAUAACUACCUGGCCUUUACCUGCACCUCAUAAAUCAUCAUUUACGAAAGUAGACGAUUCGUCACCAGCAAAGUACAAAUUUCCCUAUCCUACUACAUUCGUUCCGGUACCCUACACGACUCCUUUGUCUUUCGAAAACAUACUAGGUGAAUUACUUGGAAGGGCCCGUCAGGGCAAUUCAGUUCGGUUGAAGCUACCUAUUAUUUCAGACUUUUCUGCAGCACAGGGUGGAAUCGUGGCGGAAGGGGAUGCUGGAGGGGAUAUGGAAAUUGAUGUUUCCUCGGAACAGUCUUCAACAAGUAGAUUAUGGGCAGCCGAUCGAAUCCAAGAAGUAGAUGUUUCCAUCUCUUCGGAUGGCUUACUCCUGUACGUCGGAGAAGCGGCCUAUGAAAGUGGUGAGAGCCCACUGAGCGUAUGGGUUCCACGUGUAUCUUAUGAUGGCGGCAUGCACGACGAAGUACGACGAGAUGGGAGUUCUAUGUCAGAACAUGAGAGGGGAAAUGAGUCACGAGUGGGUACUGAAGAGAGUCCUUUGGACACAUUUGAGAGGUCAGGAUCAUCCUCCCAUCCCAAAUCGAACAGCUGA